UCACACAAUUCAUUGCUCUUCUUCACAAGUUUCUUUAGUCUAAUCUUAUAGUGUUAUAAAAAUACAUAUUUCAAGGAUAUAUAGAAAGCAAAAAUUCAAAGUCUACUUGAAAAACAUGAAAACACCUAGCAGCUCUGUGGGCAAGACCCAAGAGCGCUUCUCGAUUAGUCUCAUAUUCAGAUGUAUCAGAGUUCUCAUUAACAGAUCUAUUUCUUUCUUACCUUUUUAGAAUAUUUCCUUUCUGAUUUUAGUUUCCCAAUAUAGUAUUUCCUUUGGUGUUGUUUGAACCUUUAACACAUUAGUGUUCAUAUAUAUAUAUCGGAGAAAAUGUCAAGAAAGCCAUGUUGUGUCGGAGAAGGGUUGAAGAAAGGUGCAUGGACAACCGAGGAAGACAAGACGCUCAUCUCUUACAUUCACGAACAUGGAGAAGGUGGCUGGCGCGACAUUCCCCAAAAAGCUGGGUUGAAAAGGUGUGGAAAGAGUUGUAGACUGCGAUGGACUAACUACCUAAAACCUGAGAUCAAAAGAGGCGAGUUUAGUUCAGAGGAGGAACAGAUUAUCAUCAUGCUCCAUGCUGCUCGUGGCAACAAGUGGUCGGUCAUAGCGAGACAUUUACCUAGAAGAACCGACAAUGAGAUCAAGAAUUACUGGAACACGCAUCUCAAAAAACGUCUGAUCGAACAGGGUAUUGACCCCGUGACUCACAAGCCACUAGCUUCUAAUACUAGCCCUACUGUCACCACCACGCAGCCUGGGAACUUGCAUUCUCUAGAUGCAUCUAGUUCCGACAAACGAUACUCCCGGUCAAGCUCAAUGCCUUCCAUGUCUCGUCCUCUUUCCUCCGGUUUCAACCCAUCUUCCGAGAUCACCACACCAGUUCAGGGAGGUUCCUUGAGUUGCAAGAAAAGUAUUAAGAAAUCGAACUCUACAUCAAGGCUUUUAAACAAAGUUGCGGCUAAGGCCACUUCCAUCAAAGAUAUCUUGAGUGCUACUACAAUACCAUACACUACAAGAAAAAGCACCGCAUGCCGACAGCCAUCUUUGUCGGUAAGUAAUAGGAACAAGCUCGAACCGAUGGUCUUCUGAGAAAACUCAAUUAGUCGGAGUUUGGGUCUCGGAAAUGGAUUGAUGUCGGAGCUGUGUCGGAAAUUUCCGACGAGAUAUAUCCUCGGAAAUUUUGUCGGAAUCGUUUGUCGGAAUACACCGAGACCGUUUCGAUGAAAUGUGAAGCCACAAACUCGUCGAAGCAUGCUCGGAAGUUGGUUUGUCAGAAGUUAAUCGGUAUUUACCGAGGCCUUUCCGAUGAUACAUGACAUUGAAUAUACCGAGGAGAAAUCGUUACUACAGUAUUUCCGGUGAAUCUGUUUUACACUUCUGGGAAAUUGUUUGAAGACUACCGUAAUACACUAAUACAUAAAGAUGUUUUUUCUGGAAAUUUAAUAGAUAAAGACGUUCUUAACAAAGGAACAAAUAUACACCAUUUGAUUAUUAUAAAGAUAUACACGGGAUAUAUAUUGCUUACAAGAAAAAUACAGACUAAAUAACUCAUAAAAACUAAAAAGUAUAAAGGUAAAUGUAUUGAAACACUAAAACUAAAUUUUAAAAUAUUAAAAAUAUAUCUUCUUCAUCUUCGUCUUCUCCACACCUUCUGUAAACUCAACUUCUUUGUUGACAAGAAGAAUCUCUUGAUGUGCAUACUCAAAUAGCUUCUUAGUGUCUUUAGCCUUAUUAAUCUCAAUUGUAAAAUCGAUUUUCUGCAAACACUCGUAUAUAUGUUUUCAAAUUUCUCUAGUUCAGAUCUACACAUGAAGACACACAUGAACGCUUAUAUAAAGAAAUACUGAAAAAGCCAUGGUUGGUUUUGCUUCGAAUGGCGUCACAUGUACGCUAGAAGCUAUUAUGACAAUUUUCCGUCAAAUCUUCCGAGAUCAAUUUCUCCUCGGUAACUGCCGAGAAAGAGCUCCGACAAUUUAUCGUCUACUUUUCCGAAGCCAUACCCAGAAAAUAAUUGAUUGUCGGAAAUUGAUUGUUCCGAGAAAUUACCGUCAACAUUUUCUGAGAACCUUCCCACAAAACCUGUUCCUCAGAAAUUUUUUUGGUUUCCGACAAAUUGCCGACUAUGCAUCUCGAGAAAACAGCGAGAAAAUAGAUUCAUCGGUAAUUUCCGAGAUGAUCCCGACAUAAUUCAUAUGUUAUCGGAAUUUUAUCACAAACAUGUCGUUACCUUUCCCACAAAAGAAGUUCUCGGUAAAUUUCAUCGGAGUGGCCAUUGUUUUCUUGUAGUGAUAUGAAAGCUUUUCCAAUGGCUUCCCUGAGCAGACUCGCAAUGAAGAAGAUAGUUCCAAUGCUCUCGCUGACUUCGAUCCCUUUUCUCAAUCAUUGUUGUACACUGAUCACGAGAUACAUGCUACUUCUGAUCUCGAUAUGGAUCAGGGUUACGAUUUCUCAUAUUUUCUCGAGACACUCGGGAGAGAUGAGCACAACAUGAAUGUCGAUCAGUAUGGUCAUGAUCUUCCUAUGUCCGAUGUGUCACAAGACGUCGUCUCAUCAACUAGCGUUGAUGAUCAAGACAAUAUGACUGGAAACUUCGAGGGUUGGUCAAAUUAUCUUCUUGACCAUGCUGGUUUGAUAUAUGACGACACUGAAUAUGAUUUCUUCGAUAAGCAAAUCAUAUGAAUCUUUUUAUAUUCGAACUGAACGGUUUCAAACUAUUUGAAACUUUCCUGAACGAGAAGUUAUGUAUGUAUUUGUCAUUUGGAUUGUUAAGUAUAUGCCCGAGAACUCAUGUUUAUUAA